ACAAACUCCAUCUCUCGACGGCCCAAUACCGGCAGCCCUGUUCUACAACGCGCUCCUCUCUCGUUCAAUUGCUUCUUGUCUCUCUUCUGCCUCUUCACUCAUACUCUUGGCGUGUUGUGAUGGCUGCUACGCGCUGCUGAAAAACCCUCGACGUGCCUCGUACAUCGCGUCGUGAGCCGCCAAAUUAGGACGUGCCCCUCCACCACUCACGCUCGCGUGCCCUACCUCUCGGGCCCAGCCACCGCUGCUCGUCACUACGCAUGGCAGCAGUCGCCCUGCCUCCCUCGCCUCAGGUGCCUGUCACCAUGUCCAACCGACGCGUGCCCCUCGCCAGCCUGCAGAAUGCCACCAACUCGCCUCUACGCGCACCUGCCAUCGGAGGAAAGCGUCAACGCUCCCACGCCAGCGAGCAGCGCGACAUGUCGUACGGCCAGCCCCCACCCAAGAAGCAGAUCAUCGAGGUCGACGAUGCCGAGGCGCGUCGUCAUGGACUCAUCCGCCGGAGUGGGGCCCAGCCGACUGCCCUGACGCGGAAGCUCGAAGCAGCACGCGAGAACAAGGUGCCCCCAAGGCACGCAGACAAGGCCCAGCGUGCCUCGAACGACCUGGACACGAUUCGACAAUGGCAGCGUCAUUACCGCAAGCUCUUCCCGCAGUUUGUCUUCUACUUUGACAGCGUCUCUGAGCCCCAGAAGGACAAGCUCAUGAGCAGGGCUCAGAUUCUAGGUUCUCGAGAAAACACCUUCUUCUCCAAGGAGGCCACCCACGUCAUCACAACGCGUCCCAUUCCCGCCGACGUCGAUUCCAGCUCCUCGUCACACGCCAAGGGCACCGUCAACCCUGCUCAGCUUGAGAAUAAGAGAUCCGUCUUUGAUGCCGCCCUCCAGCCAAAGCCCAUUCGUGGGGACGUGCUGUAUAAGGCCAAGGAGCUGGGGAUGAAGAUAUGGUCGGUGGAGAAGCUGCAGCGUAUGAUCGACACCAUGUUCAACAAGGACACCGGAGAGGAUCCCGCGGCCUACUCGCGUCAUGGAAUGGCUGCAUCUCAGCAAAAGGGCCGUCCCUCUGACCUCCAGAGGUUGCUCCAGAAUGAGAAGUUGGACCGGGACUACGUGGUUGCUUCCCAGGACAUGAUCCCGCUACGUGGAUACUACGUCUAUGUGCACGAUAUGGACGAGGCCACGCGACCGGUCAUGACCAGAGAGUACCAGAAAGUUGAGAAAGAGAAGGGCAAAUGGCCGCAAUUCCGUGCUUCAGGCAAUGGAAAGUGCCCAUUUGUCGAGGAUCCCAACUUUGGCCGUCGACAACAGGAGGAACAAGAGGCUCGACGCGUACAGAGGGCGGCAGCGGCGGCAGCUCCUCGUACGCGUGCAGCGUCCGCCUUGGAAGAGAAGCGUGCUCUGGGCGAGAAUAACAACCUGGCAAGGCGACCCAGUGCUCCAGCCGCCAUCGUCAAUGGAGAGGAGGAGGGAGAUGUGAAGCCGUUGGAGCCUCCGCGAGCGAUCCCUCAUAAACGUGCGGCAACAGAUGGUGCACCUCCCAUGUUUGGCAGCGCUCAGGCUAGCAUCCGAGCCAUGCCUCGAUGCAUCGCCGGAGAGCCAAUUGCAUCUGGUCUUCAUCAAUCAAACAUUACGUCUGCUAUUCGAUCUCAGAUGAUUUCCUCGACCGCCGCUGCGCCCCGAGCUGGCAACAGCAAGGAGGUCAACCAGUUGAAACGCAAGGUUCUUGAGAAGAAUAGCGUUCCAUCAACAACCAGUGGCCACUCCUCAGUCAUGAAUGAUGUGAGGGCAGCUUUCAACCAGGAUCAUGCUCAACCCGCAAGAGCCGCCAAGCGCAAGGCUCAGGAGAAUAUGGGAUUGGAUGAGCACGGAGAGAGGCAGGCUCAGAAGGUCGCCAUUCUCCGUAGGCGCAAGGCUACUGAGAAGGAGCUCAAGCCUGGUUACUGCGAGAACUGCAGGGAGAAGUUCAACGACUUCGAAGAGCAUACCGUCACCCGCAAGCAUCGCAGGUUCGCAACAACUACUGAGAACUGGCUCGAGCUUGACCAGUUGUUGGCUCAGCUCGACCGUCAUUGAACUGCUGCAUACAACACACGACUUUCACGUUGCACCGCCAUCGGCAUUGACACGACCUAAUACUAUAACGUACUUACUACUUGUACCAACUCUUGUUCACUUCAUUACACCCUACGGCACCCGGCCGCUUACUCUGCGAAUACCCGUUUCACAGUAUGUUUGUGACCUACAGCAUUGUCAAGGCGCAUUCUCUUCUUGUUUUUGGCGGCUAGGCUUGUUCAUCCUCUUACAUGCAGUACACCCUCGACACUUGGAGGCUUACGAUGCAUGAGUCAUUGCAUAUAACUAUUGCAUGCACCAUAUUCCUUUUGUGCUCUUUUUUUGUAGCCUGUUGUUGCGAUUGCAGAACGGCUGGCGGAUAUGUUUUGGGAAUACGGCAUUGAUUACCGUAGGCAGGUGCAUUUU